UGAGCAGCCCUGGUCCUGGCUGUCAUGUUUUACUUCCGGAGCUUGCGAACAAAAUAGAAUCGCUAAGGCAAAGAAAACCCUGCGAGUGGCGAGUGUUUUAAGAUCACACUCAAAAACAACAUCGAAAGUGGUAGUGGUAGUUGAAGAGUGCCACCAACUGCGACCCCAUCAACGCCCGACCGCAUAACACCAGCAGCAGCAGCCGCGGACCGACCACGAGAAGCAGAAAAACUAGAACAGUUGCGGCACUCGCACCACCAGCAACAACAACAACCGCCGCCAAAAGCAACCCAGGAGUCGCUCGCUACCCGCUUCGCGAUGGCCGACGCUGAGAACAAGCCGCUGGCUGCCGAGCAGCAACAGCAAUCCCUUCCCGCUGAACAGCAGCAGCAACCGCCGCAGGAUCUGGAUCAGGAGCAGCAAGACGAUCAGGGCCAGCAGCUGCAGGGACAGCAGGGCAAGCCAGCUCCGCCGCCAAAGGAAAUCAUCGCCACCAAAGUCACCGGCACCGUCAAGUGGUUCAAUGUAAAGAGCGGCUAUGGCUUCAUCAACCGGAACGACACCAAAGAGGAUGUCUUCGUGCACCAGAGCGCUAUUGCGCGCAACAACCCGAAAAAGGCUGUUCGCUCGGUGGGCGAUGGAGAGGUCGUGGAAUUUGAUGUGGUCAUCGGUGAGAAGGGCAAUGAGGCUGCCAACGUGACAGGACCCUCUGGUGAACCUGUUCGGGGUAGCCAGUUCGCGGCAGACAAGCGUCGCAACUUCCGCCCCUGGAUGAAGAAGAACCGCCGAAAGGAUGGUCAGGGCGAAAUUGAGGGCGAGGAACUGGCGUCGCCAGGUCAGCAGCAGCAGCAGCCGCCGUCCGUAGACGGACAGCCGCCGCAGCAACUGCAGUCCGGACCACGUCAGCCCCGCCAAAACUUCCGUCGUGGCCCACCCGGCGGACCCCCAGGCGGUCCACGCGGCGGUCCCCGUGUCCCCGGCGGACCACCUGGCGGUCCCCGUCGCUACAACAACUAUUAUCCGCGCCAGCCACGUCGCGGUCUAGGCGGCGGUGACGGCAGCAGUGCUGAUCCCGGCGUCCACAUUCAGAACGUUGAUGGACUGCCGAGGGGUGAGGGACAGGGUCCACGCCGAGGUGGCGGCCCGCCUGGGGGACCCCAGAGGCGCUUUUUCCGACGCAACUACAACAACGGACCACCACCACCACGCCACGGCGAAGACAGUCAGGGUCAGGCUCGCCCUCAACAAAUACGUCCGCGUCGCCAGAAUCGGAAACCAAAUGGCCCUGGUGGUUUGGAACAGCAGCCACAGCAGAACGGAGCUCAAGAGCUGCAAAAUACGACUACAGAGAGCACUGCUUAAAGAAGGGGGUCAUCGAUUCUCCAACUGCAAUGAAAUCAAGACCAGCAAAACCAUCAGCAACAGAUGCAACAUCAGUAACCCCUGCGAAUUAAAUCAACAUCAGCAAAUGCAACAUUUUGCUAGCUGGGCCUCCGCGUUUUUUUGGUUUGUUUGCUCUUUGUUUUGUUCCGUAGGGCAAACGCAAACUACAGCGAAACAAACUGUAAAAUUAAUACAUCAAUACAUACAUGAAAAUUUAUAUCAAAUUCAAAACCAAUUUCAACCCUGCCUGGCCGCCAAUAAUUUUAUGAAUGUCGAAUUGUAUUAUAUGAACCACAGCAUCAACAACAAUAAAUUCAAAUUCGCCCAGCAA